AGGAGCCGGAAGCAAACUUCGGCCGUCUCAGAGGAUCCGCGGUUCUCGCAUUUGGAAGAGCCGCGUGCCAGAAGCCAAGGGACUCCACGGGGAACGCGGAGGAACCGCGAGCCUCCCUCGCCCCUUCCCCGAGGCCGGGGCGGUGGACUGAGCCGCGCGGGACAGCAGCGGCGGAGGCAGCUAGGAGAAGAUGCGGGGCUCGGGGCCCCCGGGUGCGGGACGCCGGAGGCCCCCGGGCGGCGGCGACGGCGACACCCCCAGCACCCCUGCGUCUCUGGCCGGCUGCUAUUCCGCACCUCGCAGGGCCCCCCUCUGGACGUGCCUUCUUCUGUGCGCCGCGCUACGGACCCUCCUGGCCAGCCCCAGCAACGAAGUGAAUUUAUUGGAUUCACGUACUGUCAUGGGGGACUUGGGAUGGAUUGCUUUUCCAAAAAAUGGGUGGGAAGAGAUUGGUGAAGUUGAUGAAAAUUAUGCCCCUAUCCACACAUACCAAGUAUGCAAAGUUAUGGAACAGAAUCAGAAUAACUGGCUUUUGACCAGUUGGAUUUCCAACGAAGGUGCUUCCAGAAUCUUUAUAGAACUCAAGUUUACUCUGCGGGACUGCAACAGUCUUCCUGGAGGACUGGGAACCUGUAAGGAAACCUUUAACAUGUAUUACUUUGAAUCAGAUGAUGAGAAUGGGAGAAACAUCAAGGAAAACCAGUACAUCAAGAUUGAUACCAUUGCUGCCGAUGAAAGUUUUACAGAGCUUGAUCUUGGUGACCGGGUUAUGAAACUGAAUACAGAGGUCAGAGAUGUAGGACCUCUCAGCAAAAAGGGAUUUUAUCUUGCUUUUCAAGAUGUGGGUGCUUGCAUUGCUUUGGUUUCUGUGCGUGUGUACUAUAAAAAAUGCCCUUCUGUGGUAAGACACUUGGCUGUGUUCCCCGACACAAUCACUGGAGCUGAUUCUUCUCAAUUGCUUGAAGUGUCGGGCUCCUGUGUCAACCAUUCUGUGACAGAUGAACCACCCAAAAUGCACUGCAGUGCUGAAGGGGAGUGGCUGGUGCCCAUCGGGAAAUGCAUGUGCAAGGCAGGAUAUGAAGAGAAAAAUGGCACCUGUCAAGUGUGCAGACCUGGGUUCUUCAAAGCCUCACCUCACAGCCAGAGCUGCAGCAAAUGUCCACCUCACAGUUAUACCCAUGAGGAAGCUUCAACCUCUUGUGUCUGUGAAAAGGAUUAUUUCAGGAGGGAGUCUGAUCCACCCACAAUGGCAUGCACAAGACCCCCCUCAGCUCCUCGGAAUGCCAUCUCAAAUGUUAAUGAAACUAGUGUCUUUCUGGAAUGGAUUCCUCCUGCUGACACUGGUGGAAGGAAAGAUGUAUCAUAUUAUAUUGCAUGCAAGAAGUGCAACUCCCAUGCAGGUGUGUGUGAGGAGUGUGGCGGUCAUGUCAGGUACCUCCCCCGGCAAAUCGGCCUGAAAAACACCUCUGUCAUGAUGGUGGAUCUGCUGGCUCACACAAACUAUACCUUUGAGAUUGAGGCAGUGAAUGGAGUGUCCGACUUGAGCCCAGGAGCCCGGCAGUAUGUGUCUGUAAAUGUAACCACAAAUCAAGCAGCUCCCUCUCCAGUCACCAAUGUGAAAAAGGGGAAGAUUGCAAAAAACAGCAUCUCUUUGUCUUGGCAAGAGCCAGAUCGUCCGAAUGGAAUCAUCUUGGAGUACGAAAUCAAAUAUUUUGAAAAGGACCAAGAAACCAGCUAUACAAUUAUCAAGUCUAAAGAGACAACUGUAACUGCAGAGGGCUUGAAACCAGCUUCAGUGUAUGUCUUCCAAAUUCGGGCACGCACAGCAGCAGGCUAUGGUGUCUUCAGUCGAAGAUUUGAGUUUGAAACCAUCCCAGUGUUUGCAGCAUCCAGCGAUCAAAGCCAGAUUCCUAUAAUUGCUGUGUCUGUGACAGUGGGAGUCAUUUUGUUGGCAGUGGUUAUCGGCUUCCUCCUCAGUGGAAGUUGCUGCGAGUGUGGCUGUGGAAGGGCUUCUUCCCUGUGCGCUGUUGCCCAUCCAAGCCUAAUAUGGCGGUGUGGUUACAGCAAAGCAAAACAAGAUCCAGAAGAGGAAAAGAUGCAUUUUCAUAAUGGGCACAUUAAACUGCCAGGAGUAAGAACUUAUAUUGAUCCACACACCUAUGAGGAUCCCAAUCAAGCUGUCCAUGAAUUUGCCAAGGAGAUAGAAGCUUCAUGCAUCACCAUUGAAAGAGUUAUUGGAGCAGGUGAAUUUGGUGAAGUUUGUAGUGGACGUUUGAAACUUCCAGGAAAAAGAGAAUUACCUGUGGCAAUCAAAACCCUGAAAGUAGGCUACACAGAAAAGCAACGCCGAGAUUUCCUGGGUGAAGCAAGUAUCAUGGGGCAGUUUGAUCAUCCUAACAUCAUUCACUUAGAAGGUGUUGUGACCAAAAGCAAACCAGUGAUGAUAGUGACAGAGUACAUGGAAAAUGGAUCUUUAGAUACAUUUUUAAAGAAAAACGACGGGCAAUUCACUGUGAUUCAGCUUGUUGGCAUGCUGAGAGGCAUCGCUGCAGGAAUGAAGUACCUUUCCGACAUGGGCUAUGUGCAUAGAGACCUUGCUGCCAGAAACAUCUUAAUCAACAGUAACCUUGUGUGCAAAGUGUCUGACUUUGGACUUUCCAGGGUGCUGGAAGAUGAUCCUGAGGCAGCCUACACCACGAGGGGAGGGAAAAUUCCAAUCAGAUGGACUGCCCCAGAAGCUAUAGCUUUCCGAAAGUUUACCUCUGCCAGUGAUGUCUGGAGCUAUGGAAUCGUGAUGUGGGAGGUUGUGUCUUAUGGGGAGAGACCCUACUGGGAGAUGACCAAUCAAGACGUGAUUAAAGCAGUAGAGGAAGGCUACCGUCUGCCAAGCCCCAUGGACUGUCCUGCUGCUCUCUAUCAGUUAAUGCUGGAUUGCUGGCAGAAGGACCGAAAUAGCAGGCCCAAAUUUGAUGAGAUCGUCAACAUGUUGGAUAAGCUGAUACGUAACCCAAGUAGCUUGAAGACGCUGGUUAAUGCAUCGAGCAGGGUAUCUAAUUUGUUGGCAGAACAUGGCCCACUGGGAUCUGGGGCCUACAGAUCAGUAGGUGAAUGGCUAGAAGCAAUCAAAAUGGGCCGGUAUACAGAGAUUUUCAUGGAAAAUGGAUACAGUUCAAUGGACGCUGUGGCUCAGGUGACCUUGGAGGAUUUGAGACGGCUUGGAGUGACUCUUGUCGGUCACCAGAAGAAGAUCAUGAACAGCCUUCAAGAAAUGAAGGUGCAGCUGGUAAAUGGGAUGGUGCCAUUGUAACUUCAUUCCAAUGUCACUUCAUCAAGUGAAUGAUUCUGCACUUUGUAAACAAGCCCUGAGAUUUAUUUUAACAAAAAAAAAAGGGGGGGGAGGGAACACUCAGUGAUUUCUAAACCUUAGGAGAGCAUUUGUUUCAGCCACAGAAUUUGUAAUCAGUGUUUUGCUAAAAUCUCCUUAUCUUCCUCAGUGUCUUCAUUUUUCAUGAAGCAAAUAUAACCUGCAAGGAAUAAAAACAUGAGGUUAAACAUUAUCUUAUGUUGCAACAAGAAAAUCCUUUCCACUACUUCUACAAAAUUUUAUAAAUGAAAAUUAUAACUAUAUAUAUAGAACCUUUACAGACUGAAUUAAGGCAGCCCCUUUCAAAACUUCCAAGAAUCUACUUGAAAGGAAAAGUUUAUAGCCAUUUGUGGGCUAACAAAAGCUGCAAUUUACUGAAGUUUACUUCAAGUCUUAUUUGUCUACAUAAGUGUAUUGAAGAGCAAUAUGAUUAGGUAAUUUCUUAAUAGAUACCUUCUUUUGUAAUUUUAAAAUGCUGUUACACAGCGUUAAGUUAUAGACUCUAGUGUAUAAAUAUGUUGCUUGAUCAAGGACGAGUACAAUACAGGGUGCAUUAUUUAUUUUUCUGUGUUAUAAAAUUUACUUUUAGUUGCUCUUCUAGAAACUAUUAGGUAAUAAAUGUGUAUAUACUGUAUAAUUUGCUAUAUACCCAGGAAUCAAUUUAAGUUGGAGUUUUGUGUGUGAUGCUUGCACAUGUGUGCGUUAUCAUUCUGCUUGCAUUUUUAAUAGUGUUUUUAUUUUAGCAACAUACAGGAACAAGUGUUCCACAGUGUAAUAUAAAUAGGAGAAGUAGGGAAGCAGUAAAACGAAAAUUUAACACAAGCUUGUGUCUUUCUUCCUCUCGUAUGUCCAAAAGCUACUAAAUCUCUUUAUUCAUUAACAGGAAAUGUCUAUAAGAUUAAAUCCCCUUUGGCUUUUUGAAAACACUUUGUGAUAUCAGUGACAAUGCAGUUCUUCUAGCCAUUAAUCUUGCACCCCUGUAAGAAAUUUCACCUUUCUGAGUCCCAGAAAAUAUCUUGUCAAGCAAAGUUGACACCGAAGGGCACAUUUUCAGCAGGAUAUAGAAGGAUUUAACUGUGCAGGCUUCCGUUAAUGUUGUUAAAUCCAGGCACAUAGCACUAAGCAUUACCCCUAAGUGUUAAUCCUUCGUAACCAUUUCCCUUGUGGUUCAGCUCUAGAAAUUUUGAUACUAAGGCAGCAAUGGAAUGAUGAAAUAUAUAUAUAAAUAUAUAUAUAUACAUAUUUCCUUCAGAAUUGUCUUUGUUUCAAAACAAGUUUUAUUUGUUGAUGGCUGUUUAUUCAUUUGAUAAUUUCUUCUUGUAUUCAGUUUCAUCAAAUUGAACUUAUUUUGAUAAACCAGUCCAAAGUAUUAUUUAGUUGGCCUUAUUAAGGAAUAUAAGAUAUGUUCUAUGUAUAUUUUAUGUAUCACACUUGGUGAAGACAGACAUUUGUGUUAUAAAUUAUAUGGUUUAUUAGAAUUUGAACAAAAUUGAGCUCCUUGGUGAAAUAAAUUUUUAUAGUAUUACAUUUUAUAGAAACCAUGGGAUGACAUGUGAUUAUUCAAGGAGUAUUGCAUUUGAAGAAAAUAUAGCCUAUGUAUGUUAUCAAGGGCAAUAGUAUAUUGGAGUAGUCUGGAUUAAUGAAAUCCAUAGAAAAUAUACCUGCAUGAUAUUAAUGGUAUUCUGUCUUUUCCAAGCACUUGUUUUAGUUGAAUAUUAGCACAUACAAGAAUAAACCUUUAAGGAAUAACUUCUUUCUACUUUGCCAACCUUUUACUUAAGCAGUAAGUUAACUCUUUGCUAAAGAACAUGGCAAAAAAAAAAAAAAAAAGGAAAAACCAAAGGUUCUAAACAAUUCUCAGAUGGUAUAUUUAGUUUGGCCCAAUUAUGGCUAUAAUUACUUAUUAGAUUUAUACUAUACCAUGGGUCCUAACAAAAUACACUUCAAGUAUACUUUAAUAGAUAAGUGAAAUUUGCAGAGAAAGUAGAAAAAGGUGGAUUUAGCAUUGUCUUGAUAAAAUCACAAGUGGGCAUCACCAUUAUGAAAGAUGCCUUUGUUCAUUUCAAGAAACAAAAUGAACUGAACUAAUUCUUUCUGUACAAAAUAAUUGGAGACAUGUUGCACUUUAUUGAAUUUCGUAAAAACAACUGAAUUUAAGUCAUAAAGUAACAAUUGAGAACCUUCAAAGUAGGAAUAGACAUAUUGAUUUAAAAUACAAACUACCAUAAAUGUUAGGACUAGCCACAAUUACUUACACAUAACAAAGAUAUUUUCUGAAAGUCUUCUAAAAGUUAUAUGUUCAAAAAUGAUUUAGGGGUCAGCACAGAGUUUAUCUAAGUGAUUAGAAUUUAAAGUUACAAUGUAGAUUUCCUCUUUUCACAAAAGAACAGUGUAAAUUAAUAUGAAUCGAUUCCUUUGCAAUUCUGGCAUUCCUUUGGGAAAGUAAAUUGAGAUGAAAGUUAGACACAUCGAUUUCAUCUACAUCUCACUUUGGUUGAGAAUUUCUAAGGCAUGGCAAUAUGGUUUUAAAAUAAAUAAAGAGAUUUUCAAAUAAGAUCUGCUCUCCCCCCACAUAAAAAAAAAAAAAGGAAAGAAUUCCUUUCUAAAAUAUUUAUUCACCACUGGAUAUGUCACCAAUUGGGAAGUGCCAAUCUCAUCUAUAAAUGUGAGAAGUGGAACCAGGAGAGGAGGCAGCUCUUGUGAAAUGCGGGGAGGCAGUAACCCAGGGUGAGGAAAUCUUGAUUGCGUGAUUUCUUAUCCUUUUGGUUCAUUUUGUCACCCACCAGACAACUAAAAAUAAAACAUAGACCCAAUAAUUUUAGCACAUAAGAUAGAUUUGUCAAAUAAUACAUAAUGUUAUUGUAACUAUCAAGUAGCAAUACCUUUAAAGCAUGAGUCAUUCUCAAUGUUGAACUUGGAAAAAUAGGCACAAGCAGGGAGUUUUUUUCAACUUACUGAUACCUGUGGAAGUCACUCAAUUACUACUUUUAUCAAUCAUAAUUUGUUUCCUAAUCUUCCCAUUUGCUCACAUGUUCUUCUUGGCCAUUGAAAUAUCUAAAUUGUAUGUAAAAAUGUAAAGAUUUUGCUUUUCCCAUGUAAAAAAAAUGUGCAUGGUCUUUUAUUUAUUCUCUUUUAAUCACCAAAUCAGUGUUCUAAAGUUGUAGGAUUUCUGUAAAAAUUAUAUUCCAAUACUCUAUCUAAACUUAAAUGUGGCCAGCAUUAUUAGUUUCAGAGUUGCAAAAACAAUACAGAACAUCCUUCUCUUAGUUUGUAAAGAGUUUUAGCCAGUGUGCAAUGGUGAAGAGAUAAUUUCACAUCUUAAGUUUAAAAUGAAAAAUUAAUAUCUGUUGAACACUUAUGUGUUUGCAUGUCUGCUAUUUAAUCUCUAUGUGAAAGUCAAAGAUUUUUUUUAACACCAUUAUUUCUCCCAUUUAAAGUGGGCUUGCAGAAGCACAAGUAGAAAAAUUUACCUGUGGAAGACAUUUUUGUUUGUAAUGGUGUGUUGGAUGGCAAAUUUGUGUCAGAUAUUAGAAAUUUACUAGAUGUAUAAUGUUGCAUAGUAGGAUAAGGUCUUUUUCCCACUUUUUUUCUUUCUAAAAAUAAGAAGACGAAAAGCUAAAUAUGAUAGUAAACUGUGAUUGCUUAUGUCCUGCCAGAUGUUUAAACUCAAAAUAAAUAAAAAGUAGGUACAAUAUGAUGAUGAUGAUGAUGAAUAAACAAUCAAAAUGCUAGUUUUAUUUGAAAUUAAUAACUAGAAUAAGUCAUCAUUUUUUCAACUCUGUAGCACAGCUGGUUACAUUGAAUAUUUUUCUCUAUUAUGCUGUUAAUUAUAUAGUAAUGUAUCAAAGGAGAAAUAGAUAAGAACUUUCUUUUCAUGUUGGUUUAUAAAAACAUCUUUUUACACAUAAAUGAUUGAAUGUUCUUAUUCAGAAUGACCACAAAAUUAUUGCUUAGGAGAAGACACAAUUCUUAAAAAAAGAGAGAGAGAGAGAGAAUCUAUUUAUUAUAAUCAGAAUCAAAUGUCAUUUGUUUCUUCUAAAUGUAAAUGAAAAAAAUUGAAGGUGGCAAAAUAAAUCAUGUUUAUUCAGUAUGGACUAUAUUAACAGUAGAGAUUUUAGUGGUCAAAAUAUUUGUGAAUCUUUAGAUUGCAAUAGUUUUACAUUUAAUAAUUUUACAGUUUGUAAAUUUCAUUUAUAAUAGUCUGAGAAUAAAACUUAGACUCAGUCAUUUGUUAAUAUGUUUAUUAAAUUCUCUUAGAAGCAGCUGUAUAGAGUAUCUUAUUCUAGGCUAGGCAUCAGGAUAUCUCAAAUCCGUGCCUAAGCAUUAAUUCAAGAAAGGAUUAGUGUUUCUGUAUUUUUCCCCCAUUUGAAGCUCUCUGUGCAUUUGGUUUGUGUAUAUGUUUUUGUAGUGUAAGAUAUGAAAUUUUAUAUUUUUUCAGAAAAUAAAAAACCCUUUGAAUACAGUUA